AUGGCAACCAGUACAGCUUCGACAGCAAUAACUGGUCUACCGACACGUGGUUUUUUCGAACCGGCGCAGUAUGAGCGUUGUAUUAAUCGAUAUGAAUUCGGUAAACAUAGUUAUGUGAAUUCUCUUCGUUCAUGGUCGAGAAAAUGGCAUGGUGAACUGACGAAAUUAUCCGAAUAUUCUUCGAAUAAGAGAGUUUGGGACCAAAUCGUAUCGACAGGCGAACAAAUGGCAGAUAUUCAUCAAACAAUCGCAUCUAAUCUACACGACAAUAUUCAACCGAAACUGAAACAAUGGAAGAAGGACAAUUACGAAAAAUCGUUUAUAAAUUACAAGAAAUCGAAAGAAUUUGAAAAGGAAUUCGACAAUGUCCAAAAACCAUGGAGCAAACUACUUGAAUCCAUACACGAAGCGAAACAAAACUAUCAUAGAUUAAGUAAAUUAUUAAAGCAAUGCGAACAGCAAAAAUCAUCAAUGCCUGCCGAUGUGCCAAGUGAAACACAAAAACAGAUUGUUGAUCAUUACAUUCAAGUGAGUCUUGAUGUUGACACCGCGCGCACACGAUAUCAACAUUUGUUACGUGACGUUGCGCCUGGUGCUGAAGCAAGACAACGUUAUGAAGCAAAUAUGACUGAAGUCUUUCAACACACCCAAGCAUUCGAAAGGAAACGUCUCGAUUUUUUCAAAGAUAUAUUUACAGAUUACAUCAAAACUCUUCAACAACAAGCAGUUUUCAAUAAAAUGCUUGAUGACUAUGUUCGAGUUUUGCAGACGCAUAAUACUCCAGGGGAUUUGGAUGCUUGGUAUAAUAAUCAUGGGCCUGGUACUAAAUCACACUACCCAAUUUACGAAGAAUAUCAGGAGACUUUGUAA